AGCCCGGCACGGAUUUGGAUAGUCCCUCUGUCCUCCACACCGUGUUCCUGGGGAGCAAGACAGGGCCCCCUGGGUGGCACCGUGGGACCCGGGGGGCAUCUGGCAGGUGUGAAGCAUGUGCCCGUGAGCAGGCUCGAAGGCGUGGCGGGCACGAUGGGGAUGACCAGGGUGAGGGCGACCAGAGGAGGUCCCGAGCCCACCCGAGGGCCUCGGCUCACUAACCCUAACCCCAACCUUGAGCUGUCCGGAGCACACCACGGGAGGUACAGGUCCAUAGGCCCCGCCCCUUGCUAAGGCCCCGCCCCAGGGAGAAGCCCAGUCAGGCCAUUCAGAACCAGGUGUCUGUAGCCAAGAAUCUGGGCGACCGAACCGGAUCUUUGGGAAAACCCUGAAGCUCAGCGCGGAGGCUUCUGGGGAAUAAAGUUUUCAUCCAGCGCUGCGGCCCCUCUCGCGCAUGCGCCGGGCUUCGCCUCGCAGCGAGGGGCGGGGUUUGCCAGGCUAAGUGGAUGCUUGCUUAAGCGCCUACGCAAGGAGCCUUGUUGGCCCGCCUCCGAAAUCCCGGGUCUGCAGACCCACUUUUCCUCAGAGGCUGGGACUUGGGGUCGAGUGUCCGGGUCGGUCUACCCAGCUCCACGCAGGCCACCCGGGUCACCGUGGGGUGCGGCCACGUCCAAUUUGGUCCUGCCUUCCUCCUGCUUCCCGGGGAGCGAGGACUGUGCAUGCGGAGCCCAGGCCGAUGCUGCUUUGCCGGUCACGGUCACACUGGGGAACCCACGGGCACCAGGCCGGGCCCGGUACUUGCUCCCUCUGUCACUCCAUGGCGACCCCGCGAGGGUGCCAGGCCAAGGAUGGGGCGCAGGGCCCGGAGCGUUGCCCCUGCCCCACCUCCCCUGGAAAGGACGCUUGAGACAGAAGCCCACCAGGCCAAUUCUGGGAUCAGAGAUGUACUCACAAAGGUGUACCAAUCAUUUUUUAUUAUUUAGGAAAGUGCCCAUCACCCUGGCCUCUGAGAUGAAGCGGGGACAGGGAGGAGCUCUGCCCUGCUCUGCCCUGCGAGGGCCUUGUGCAGUGUUGGGGUGAGCAGGACCUGUGGAAUCCGGGGCUUGGUCCCACUUCCUUCCUGGGGCCAUGACCCAGGUCCUCCUCCCUGAGCCACAGCCUGGGUUCGUGGUCACUGAGUCACCUAGCUCGGCAGCACCCCUCACAGCCCAGACUGUGGCUGCCACCCACCUGAGGAGAGGGAGGGCCAGGUGCUGUGUGCCCCAUAGCUGGGGCCACCUGAUCUCAGGAACCCCAGCCUCGAGUCCCGCCCCAGGGCCACACCCUUCCCUAGGAGGGAAAAGGUGGCUGCUCGCUCCGCACACAGACACUGGGAGGACCGGGAGCACACAGACACUGGGAGGACCGGGAGGACAGACGCCUCCACUGCCGCUGCUGCCUGGCCAUGGACCCCCACGAGAUGGUUGUCAAGAACCCAUACACCCACAUCAGCAUCCCCCGGGCUCAUUUGCGGCCAGACGUGGGGCAGCAGUUAGAGGAGGCCCCCUCGUCCUCAUCCUCGGAGACUCAGCCUCUGCCCACAGCAACCUGCACCCUAGAGCCAGCUCGAGUCCUGCAGCCCACUGAGGCUGAAGUGCCCAAGGGGGCCAAGGGGGCUAAGGGGGCUGCGUCCAGCCAGAGCCAACAGUCCUGGGAGCAGCCCUGCAAUCCCUACAGCAGUGGGCAGCGCCCGGCAGGACUGACCUAUGCCGGCCGGCCACCCAUGGGACGAGGUGAUGACAUCGCCCACCACUGCUGCUGCUGCCCCUGCUGCUCCUGCUGCCAUUGCCCACCAUUCUGCCGCUGUCACCGUUGCUGCUGUGUCAUCCUCUAGCCCACCCACUGGACAUUAGAGACAGCCAUUGUCAACAACGGACUUCGACCACUUCCUGCCCUGGACAGGGACUCUGCCCACCUGGCGAGCCAUUGGCUCAGCAGAACUUUUUGGAACAGUUACGGGCACUGGCCAUGCAGGCAGCAAUGGGGACACCCUUGACCACUGGCUGCAAGGCCCAGGCAA